AUGGUGGACCCGAGUAUACUACUGGCCAAAACCCCGCGGAGUACAUGCUCGCAGCAAUCGGGGCAGCCCCAGGUGCUCAGAAAUCGAUCGAAUGGCCUCAAGUAUGGAAAUACAGCCAAGAGUACAAAGAAGUACAGGUCGAGCUCUCAGUUGCGGGAAAAUGCGUAUCGCCCGUCCGCCGUUAUAGAUCCGUCCGAUGAAAGCCAUCAGGCCUUCGCUGCAUCGUUCAUAACUCAGCUCCUAGCUGUUGGUAUCCGUGUUGCUCAACAGUACUGGCGUACUCCUUCGUACAUAUACUCCAAGGCGAUUCUUACCGUCGGUUGUUCGCUUCCCAUCGGGUUCUCUUUCUUUAAGGGCGACAACACCCAGCAAGGUCUCCAGAACCAAAUGUUUGGUGUCUUCAUCUUCCUCUUCGUGGUAAUCCAACUUAUUUAUCAGAUCAUGCCUAUGUUUGUAAGUCAGCGAACGUUAUAUGAGGCUCGAGAGAGGCAGUCAAAGACAUACGCCUGGCAGACGUUCGUGUUGUCCAACGUUGUAAUCGAAAUGGCUUGGAAUGCGUUCAUGGCUGUCUUCUGCUUCCUCGUCUGGUUUUAUCCGGCAGCCUUGUAUCGCAACGCACAGCCUACAGACUCUGUCGGCAUUCGGUCCUUCCAAACGUUGCUUCUUGUUGUGGUCACCUUCAUCUUUGCAUCGGCCUUGGCGCAUAUGCUGAUCGCCGGUUGCCCCAGCGAGGAAGUUGCUGGCGCGUUCGCAACGCUCCUAUCAACCAUGCUUUACGCUUUCUGUGGCAUUCUCGCAGGGCCAGACGCUCUUCCUGGGUUCUGGAUCUUCAUGUAUCGGGUCAAUCCCUUCACCUACCUUGUAUCCAGUCUCAUGUCGACAACGCUCGGCCAAGCUCCCGCCUAUUGCGCAGACACUGAGUUCCAGCAAUUCAGUCCAGCUAAUGAAACCUGCCUCGAGUACAUGCAGAAGUACAUGUCGAUAGCAGGAGGUUACCUACGCGACAACGAGGCCACAGAUCAGUGCCAGUAUUGCCAAAUUGACAACACCGACCAGUUCCUCCGCCGCAUCAACGCGAGCUGGGAAACGCGCUGGAGAAACUUUGGACUGCUGUGGGUUUAUGUCGCAUUCAACGUUACCGCUGCGAUGCUCCUCUACUGGCUGUGUCGUGUGCCCAAGGGCAGGAAAGCAAAAAAUGGGUCUGGAAGAAGUUCCCCAAAGAUGCAGAUGCUGCCUCAUGGCGCACUGGGUUCCUUUCCUGUCAAUCGCUUUCGGUUUAAUAUCCAGUCGGUAAUAGACUUUUAG